AUGGCCGACAUCCUCGAGAACGACAGCGCGGUCGACGAAGAAGUCGGCUACGAAUACGAUACGACGAAAAUCCCAGAAAUCGUGACCCCUGAUGAUAUGAACGAGUCGGGAUACCAAGAAGGCUCUGAAAAGAGUUAUGGUGAGAGACGGGAUUCUAAGGAGGGAUUCGGCGGAGAAGGGGACUCGGAUAGUGGAGUCGAUGGGGUCAGCAGCGGGUGUAGUACAGCGGAUGACUGCCCCGUUGUCUCCAUAAACGAUGUGGUGGCUUACUACGAUGAUAUCAGGCCGAGGAGGCGACACGCCCCGCAGCUCAAUUUCUACAAUUUGGACAUCGAACGGAUGGCUUUGGACGCUGCUGCUCAGCUGAACGCGACUUGCGGUUUUAAUUCGGCCAUAGAUAAAAAUCGCUUUCUUUAA